ACCCAUCUCAAAGAAUAUAAACAUACAUACUACUUGCUGCUGAGCUUUUGUUUUUAAGUUUUUCUGGUGCACAAACAAAUGGCUCCAAGAACCUCUCUUGCACUCUUUCUUUUCCUUAACCUCCUCUUCUUCACUUACACUUCUGCUCAAGGCACUUGUCCUUUAGAUUCCCUUCAGAUCGAUGUUUGUGUUAAUGCGCUCAAUUUAGUUAACCUUACAUUGGGAACACCUGUACAACCAUGCUGCUCGAUCAUUAAAGGUUUGGUUGAACUUGACGCUGCAGCCUGUCUCUGUACCGCGCUCCAUGCCAACAUUCUUGGCAUCGACCUAAUUAACCUUCCUAUCAGUCUCAGAUUACUCCUCAGUGGUUGUGGCGGAACAGUUCCACAAGGUUUCCAAUGCGUGUAAGUUAAAUAUGUAUGACAUUCCAAAGACAUACCUAAGAAAAUAAAAAGGCUGAGCGUGUUGCCUAUCCUCUUGUUUGUUUUUUAAAAAAAACUGGUGAUUGCUUUUGUGUUUAUAAUUUCCUUCGACUGAAUAAAAUGAUGAACGUACGUUCUCAUGCAAUAAUGAAUAAUGGGGUUUGUGCUGUGUAUCGGCAAGUUCGUUCCCCUUUUGCUUCAUUGUUUCUCCAUAUCUAUCUUUCGUUGUAAUUGUUUCUUUUGAAUUUGAUUAAUAAAAGUAUCGAUCUGUGUUGUUGUCU